GUGACACCACCAUCCCUCUCUCCUACGACCAUUUUUUCUUUUCACUUUUUUUUCGCUAACAAUUCAUAUCUCUCUCUCUCUGUCUCCGAAAACGAAAUCCCUAAAACCCUCUCUGAACCAGUGACUGAGCUCUGUGCAAAAAUGGAAGAUGCUGAAACCAAAUCAAGAAUCGAGGAAACAGUUCUUAAGAUCCUCCAUGAAUCAAACAUGGAAGAGGUAACUGAAUCAAAGAUUCGAAAACAAGCCUCCACUGAAUUGGACCUAAACCUAAAUCAGCCCCCAUUCAAAGCUUUGGUGAAGCAAAUCAUUGAAGAUUUUCUUGUAGAGAAGCAGCAACAACAGCAAAAGCAAGAAGAAGAAGAAGAAAAGCAAGAGGUUAAACAAAAAGGUGUUUCCAGCAAAAGCAGUGUCUAUGUUGAUUCUGGCGAUCUCGUCAUUUGCGAGCUUUCGCAAAAGAAAAAGGUGACAAUUCAGGAUUUCAAAGGAAGAAGGUAUGUCUCCAUUCGGGAGUUUUACACCAAGGAUGGCAAGGAACUUCCUUCUAGCAAAGGAAUAAGUUUGUCUGGGGAGCAGUGGGAAACCUUUAAGAAAUGUGUGCCUGCCAUAGAAAAAGCCAUUCAGAAAAUGGAGUCGAGUAUAUAAGUCUGCUGAUUGAAGUGUUCAUAUCAUUAUCUAAUGAAUGUCCAAGCUGCAUUAUUCUUGGUGAUACUUAGUUGAUGCCUCAACUCUUAAGUGGAUGUAGCUUUGCUUUUUGUGUAAUCUGAAUAUCCUUGUGUCCUUUUGAUAUUGGACCAUUUUGUCUAGGACUUGAAAUCACUGUGAAUCAUGUUCUUUUAAGUGUACUGCAAUUGGCCGGAGUGUAGCUAUUUUAGAAUGACUCUAGAGAAGGUGAAAUGAAUGUUACUAAAUAUAGUAGUAAUCUGAUGUUUCCUUCCA